CCCAAGGGUAUGCCCUCUAUCCCGGGGAUGCUCCCUGGGGAUGCACCCUGUGUCCCCACCGCGAGCCCUAGGACGCACCCUGGGGCGUGCCCAGUGCCUGUGGGAUGAGGCCCGUGUGGGAUCUGCCCUGGGAUGUGCCCUGUGCCCCUGAGCUGUGCUCCGGGAUGCACCCUGUGCCCUCUGGGCAUCGCUGUGUGCCCCGGGAUGUGCCGUGCACCCCCAGGACAUGUGUCAGGAUGUGCCUGCGCUGCACCGUGCACUGGAUGUGUCCCAGGAUGUCCCCAGGGUGCACCUUGGGAUGCUCCCCAGGAUGUCAUGUGCCUCAGGAUGUGUCCCAGAUGCUGUGCCACCUCAGCUGUGCCCCUCCGCGCUCCCAGCUGGUAUCACCAGGGUCUUCCCCCCCUGGAGUAGGGUGCAUGGGGUACAGCAUCGUUGGCGUGGGGGGCUGCGUGCCCCUGGACCCCCCUGUCAGCUCUAGGGCUGGCUGGGGCUGCAGGCAGGGAGGGGACUGUCCCCACAGCCCUGCUGCAGAAAGGGACGUGGCUCAUCCUGCUGCCAGCGGAGCCUGGGCGGCCCCAGAGGGACCCAACGUGCUGUGGGCGCUCACAGCCACCUCGGGGCUGUUCUCCAGGAGCCACAUCUGCCCCACAUCCCGGGGGACCGCAGCGGCUCCGCUCCCGCCGACGGGCCUGGGCGCCAUGUGCCAGCAUGACGGUCACCCCGCAGCCAGCGCCAGCCUCAGCGUCACCCCCGCGGGCGCCGAAGGCCAGGGCUGCCAGGGCGUUAAUCAUUGCCAAGGGCAGCCGGGCCGCCGCGGGUGCGAGAAGCCAGGCCGUUCCCAGGGCUGCUCUCCUUUCAUCCCCCGCAUCCCCCGAGCACCGAGACACAGAGGGAAUAGGUGGCAGGGCAGGGUGAGGUGGUGGCCCAUGGGCUGGGGACAUCAGCAGGCUCCGGAGUGCCGAGCGAGGCUGGCGGGAUGCUGGCAGGGGGGUGGGCUUGCUCCUGCCACACUUCGGGCUUUCUCAAGUGGGUUUCUUGGUGUCUGUGGUCAUGAGGUUGGAGCGAUGGAGGAUUGUGGGGGUGGGCGCUUUCCCGCAGAGCACAGCUCCCGUGCCACCGGCUCUUGCUUUGCCCGUGAAGCUGUCAGCAAUGCCCAGCAAGGAGGGUGUCUCGGGGACCCCCAGCUCCAUGGCUGCCCACAGCCAGGGUGAAGGAGAGGAGGGAGGAGGGAAAAGCACAGGAGCACCAUCGCUUUGUGUUCGCUUCAGCCGAAGGAGCCGCCAAAGGGAGCAGCCACAUCAGCUGAUGGAGACACCUGCUAUAAAGCACCCGCCGGCCCGUGGCCGAGACACGAGCGAGCCCACCGUGGCCAUGGCGCUGCCCCCCCGCCUGCUCCUGGCCCUGCUGCUGCUGGCCCCGGCUCUGCCCGCGCCCCACAAGCGGGGGCUCAUCUUCAACUUGGACACCGGGGAGCUGUGCUUGCAGAGCGCCCAGUGCAAGAGCGGCUGCUGCCACCGGACCGGUGGCCUGAGCCUGGCCCGAUGCGCACCGAAGGCGGCCGAGUUCCAGGAGUGCUCCCCGAAGAGCCUCUAUGGCGUCUACUACAAGUGUCCCUGCGAGAGCGGCUUGACCUGCGACACCGAUAGGACCAUCGUGGGUUCCAUCACCAACAGUGACUUCGGCACCUGCAAGGACCCCCGGGCCUUCUACCAGCUGUGGUGAAGAGACCCCCCCCGGGUGCCCCCCCCUGCUGCUCCUGCCUCCCUGCCUUUCCCCCUCCCCAGGGAUGCCUGGACUGCCUGCACUGCCCUGGAUGCAGGAAGGUCAAGUAAAGAGCAUCUGCCGAGCCGCAAGCCGGCCUUUUCACUCGAUGCAUCAUCCCUCCGUGCCAGGAUGGGGCAGCAGGGCCAGAAGGUCCCAGAAAAAGCUGCAGGGACGCGAUGGCUUUACCUAUAUGUGUGUGUGCGUCAUAUGCAAUUGUA